AUGAGAUUAAUCUCAGGGGAAGAAUCUUCUGAAAAUGUGGAUGGUGGAUUAGAAAACAUGGAAGGAGAUGGCGUACAAAAUGUGGAUCUCUUGGAUCCUGGUUGCAGUAGAAGUAUUCAAGGUGAAGGUGCGGACGCAGUUUUGGAGGAAGAGUAUGGUGAGGAAGAUGACAGUGACAAUGAUUAUGCUAGCAUUCAGAGACCUGCUUUUGUUGUAGAAGGAGAACCAGAUUUUGAUUCUGGACCCUCAGAGGAUGGAUUAGAAUUUCUUAGGCAUGUCAGGUGGGAGGCUGCUCAUAUUCCAAAAGUAAAAGUAGCCAAGCUUGAUAGGAGUAGAAUUUACAAAGAACAAACUGUUUAUAUGCCCCAGAUUCCUGACAUUGCCAAGCGUCCAGAGUAUUUGUUGCUGUCGAAGCAGUGGGAGGAUGCAUUUCUUGCUGAUUUUUCAGAGCUGCGACUGUUUUUGUCUCAAAAUGACGGUUCCAGCUCUAAAAUUUCCCAGAAGAUGCAACCAGCAGCUACUGUUCAUGGGAGUUCCUCCUCUCAGCUUGCUGAAAGUAUUAUUGUUGAAAAAUUCAAUAACCUUAGAACUGAUGAAGUCCAAUCCUGCAAACCUUGUAAUACUUCCAGCGCUGAGAACACCGUUGAUCAGCCAUGCAUGGUGAAUAUUGAAAAUUGUAAAAGCCUAAUAUUUUCUCAGAAUCCAACUCCUGAAGCUUCGUCUGGUGUAGCUUUAUGCAACUACCCUACCUUAUCUGAGAUUUUAGCUAUGGAAUGUGUUGCUCGAGUUCGGAUGCUGAGGCAGCGCAUAAAAUUGGCAGAAACCAUGGACGUGCUGUCAAAGAACGACUGCGUGUGGCUAUUUGCCUUAUGUGCAGCGGUUGAUGUUCCACUAGAUGCUGACACAUGUGCUGCUCUUUGGGUUCUGCCCCGGAAAUGCACUAGCUUGCGAGCUAGCAAAUCUGAACUUGAUGAUGAAGUUAUCAUGCUGAAUAUUCUUGCCACAAUUUCGGGCAGGUACUUUGGACAGUCUGAAAGCUGA